AAACGAAAACAACGAGUAGAAUGUGGAACCACGCGCCUAGUGUAGCGUGUGUGAGAAAACCGUAUCCAUCUUCAACGAGGUUUAAGAUCCGUUUUGAGUCAGUAAAAUGGUGGAAGUGAGAGGAAAGCGUCAUCCUUACGUUUUUCUUUUCAUAUAAGCUUCACAGAGAAAAAGAACAAAAGAGAGAAAAAAAAAACUCUCUUGAAAGCAAUCAUCAUAUUUUCUCUUACAACGACACUUUCAACAAACCAACACUUGUUGCUGUUGUUGUUGUUUUUUUUUUUUUUUUUUUGCUGUUGUUGUUGUUGUUGUUGUUGGCUCUUUCUUUCUUUCCUUGCUUCUCCCUUCCCUUUAGAUCUCUUUCUUUAAGUCUUAUCCUUUGGUUUCAUCUUCUCCGGUUACUUUAGUUGUUUGGUUGCCAGAGAAACUGGUGAGUAGAUCAAUCAAAAACCCAAGAUUACAUAUAAGAAAAAAAAAAAAGAGAAACCCUCUAUAGGGUUUUUUGUCAAAUAGUGUUCUGAUUGCCGCAUAUAACUUAAAAUGGAGUGAUAAGAAACAACCUUUUUGACUUGUGGUCUGGUAGAGAACUGAGUUAAGAGUUAUGAGAAGAGGUAGAGGGAAAGGCAAGAGGCAGAAUGCUUCUUCUAGAGAAGAUGGUGAGGAUGAAGAAAAGAUUCCAGCUUACAAGAGAAGAGGGGGACCACAGAAGCCGGCGAAAGAUGAAAACGAAGGAGGAGAAGAGAUCAUGGAGAAGGAUUAUGAUACAAAUGAUUCAGUAGCAAGUAAAGAAGAAGUGAAAGAGGAUGGGAGGAAGAGGAAGAAACCAGUAGAGUCUAAAGAGAGCAGCAACAUAGCUGAAGAAGAAAAGGGUUUAGGAUCAAAAUCAAGCACAGAUGUCUCAGUUAAGUCAUCAGGGUUUAGACAGAUUGGAAGUAGAAGGAAGAAGAACAAACCAAGACGAGCUGCAGAAGCUGUUGUUGAAUGUAGUGGUGUUUGAAAAAAAAAAGAGGUUCUUAAAACGCUUUUUUUUGUUGUUAACCUGAGUUUGAUUCAAGGUUGUUUUGAAACUCUAAUCUCUUUUGAACAGAGUAGAGAUUUCAAUUAAAAAAAAAAGAACAGAGUAGAGACGAAAAAAAAAAGCUCUUUAUAGUGGCUAUGAAAAUACAACGUUUUUUUUUGUU